AUGUGGGAGCUGCGCUCCAUCGCCUUCAGCCGCGCCGUGCUGGCCGAGUUCUUGGCCACCUUGGUGUUCGUGCUCUUCGGGCUGGGCUCGGCGCUGGCCUGGCCCUCCAUGGCCAGCCCGGGGGUGCUGCAGAUCGCCCUGGCCUUCGGGCUGGCCAUCGGCACCCUGGUGCAGGCCCUGGGCCCCGUCAGCGGCGCCCACGUGAACCCGGCGGUGACGGUGGCCCUGCUGGUGGGCUCGCAGCUCUCCCUGCUCAGGGCCCUCUUCUACAUCGCGGCCCAGCUGCUGGGCGGGGUGGUGGGGGCGGCCAUCCUGCACCAGGUCACCCCCCCGGCCGCCAGGGAGGGCAUGGCCAUCAACAGG